CUGAUGUUUCAUUAGUAAUUGUAACAUUUUACUUUGUAUAACGGUCAGUUUGAGAAGAACAACACAAGACAGAAGUGAGAGAGAGUGAGGAACCACAGGACAGGCUGCUAACUGUCCGCCGAAGCCAACCUCUGUUGAGAUGCCCGUCUCCUGAUUGGAGAUACAUAACACCCAGCGAGCUGUACGAAGGAGCGCUUACCUGGGGCAUCGGAGCCUGGGAAUCGUCGGCAGAGAGGGGGAAUUCCAGCACUGUAGAAACUAUUGUGUGAUCCUGACAGCUUGAAGGCAGAAACCAGGAUCGUGUGAGGACCACAGCUCAGGACUCCAACAGGACCCUGCAGGAUCUCGCAGUCGCCUCUGUGCAGGACCAACCAUGGCUGCAGGGAGAAGCAGAAAGAUGAUAUUUCUGGCCCUUAUCCUGAUGUUUAUCCUCAGCAAAUAUGCUAUAUAUCAGUGGUUUAUGAAAUGGUUCAAUGACAAGUCAAGGCUUGGUACUGAGCGUGGGGACGUCAGGGUCCUGAUGUGGCACUGGCCAUUUAAACAGAACCAGCCCCUGCAGGAGGACAUUUGCAGGACAAAAUACCAUGUUUCUGGCUGCCACCUGUUGGACAACCGCAGUCUGUACCAUCAGGCUGACGUGGUGGUCUUUCACCAAUAUGAGCUGAAAACAGGAAUCUCCAAGCUGCCCCUUGACCAGCCUCGUCCGACAGCCCAAAAGUGGGUGUGGCUCUCCCUGGAGUCUCCAUCCCAUAAUGGGAACCUGAGACCUUAUGGGGGCCUCUUCAACUGGACCAUGACAUACCGGCGUGAUGCAGAUAUCUUCACACCUUAUGGGGAGCUGGUUCCCAGGACCACUGAAGGUGAUUAUACUAUCCCCACUAAGCAUACACUGGCCUGCUGGGUGGUCAGCAACUACCAGCCGACCCACAAGAGAACUAAGAUGUACCAGAGUCUGAAGAAGCUGAUCCCUGUGGAAGUUUAUGGACACUGGGCUAAGAAGCCACUAAAAUCUGACCAGCUGUUAUCCACUAUUUCUCGAUGCUACUUCUACCUGGCCUUUGAGAACUCUGUCUACAGAGACUACAUAACAGAGAAGCUGUGGUACAACGCCUUGCUGGCCGGCAGUGUGCCGGUUGUACUGGGCCCACCCCGAACUAACUACGAGACCUUCAUUCCCAAAGACUCCUUCAUCCAUGUGGACGACUUCAACUCUACUGAAAAGCUGGCCGAUUUCCUGAAGCAGCUGGCCUCAGACAAAGAGCGAUAUGGGUCAUACUUCCGUUGGAGGCGUGACUAUGAUGUUCAAAAAUGGCCUGGCUGGAGGGACAUACUCUGCAGAAUUUGUGGUCUCUAUGAGCACCUGCCUUCCAGCAAGGUCUACCACAACCUGGAGGCCUGGGCCUACGGAGAGCCAUGAUAAUGUGGUUUACCAUGUGAAAUUUUAAAGAUUAACUCCUAAUAGAAAAUAUUGUGACUAAUUGUAUUUUACUGGUCUUAUUUCCUCUCUGAA